AUGGAUUCAGAGCAAGCAGACAAGGUCGCACAGUUCAGUGCUGUCACAGGCGCCAACCCGAGCACAGCACAGACAGCACUCGGGUCGGCCAACUGGAACCUCGAAGAAGCCGUCGCUCUCUACUACGCCGCCUCCGAGGACCCCCAACACGACCACGAUGAGGACUUCAACGCAGAUAACGACGAGCAUCUCAACGAGGCCAUGGCACAGUCAGCAGAACCACAGUCGAGCAGCUCAGCACCAGCUCCAUCACAACCCAAUGCUCCUCGCCGCAUAACUGGUCAGGCCCCAAGAGCGGUGACGCUACGUGAUUUGCAGCGAGGCGAGGAGGAUGACGACGACCAUGAUGAUCCAGACAAGAAGCCAGACAUGUUCGCAGGCGGCGAGAAGAGCGCUCUAGCAGUACAAAACCCCGAUCGAGGCGGUGGACCUGUCGAUCACUUCCGCAACAUCAUGAACCAAGCCCGCCAGAACCGUUCCCGCCCCGGUGACGGAGACGACGAGAAUGCUCCAGCCCAACCUUCCCACUUCGGCGGCCGCGCCCAAACACUCGGCGGCGACGAUGCACCCAGCCAAAUCAUCAACGACCCUUCCUCCCGCAGUCAACAAGGUGGUGGUGGUGUUGGUCCAGCAGGCCGCUCCUCCCUUCCUCGCGUCACUCGCACACUACACCUCUGGUCUGACGGCGUGAGUAUUGACGAUGGUCCGCUCUUCCGCUUCGAUGACCCGGCGAAUCAGGACAUGAUGGCGCAGAUUCACCAGGGUAGGGCCCCGCUGAGUUUGCUAGACGUGCAGCCGGAUCAGGAGGUGGACUUGAAUCUGAUGCCGCAUAAGGAUGAGAAGUAUGUCAAGCCGAAGCAGAAGUAUAAGCCAUUCGGGGGCGAAGGCACGAGGUUGGGAGCUCCGGUGCCAGGACCUUCAGGGUCGGAGACGAGCCAGGCGGCUGGUGUGCCUGCGGCAGCACCAACGGUAGCCGCACCGGCGUCAUCGAGCUCAUCUGAUGGGAAUAAGACGACGGAGAUGGCGAUCGAUGAAUCCACACCUACCGUCCAACUUCAGAUCCGCCUCGGCGACGGUACACAACUUCGCACACGUUUUAACACGACUCACACCGUUGGCGACGUCUACGAGUUCGUGAAUCGGGCCUCGAGUUCUUCGCAGGGGAGGUCGUAUGCGCUUAUGACUACGUUUCCAUCGAGAGAGUUGACGGAUAAGGGGCAGGUGCUUGGGGAGAUGGGGGAGUAUAAGCGGGGUGGGGUUGUGGUGCAGAAGUGGACUUGA